CCCGGGAAUGCUCCGGGCGGUAUGAAUGGCUUCUUAGCUAGGGAUCUGAGCGCGACUGAGAGCUGUCAAGAUGGCGGCAGCGGCGGCGUUUCGUAGCUCCGGUGGCGGCGGCGGCAGGGGGAUUCUGGCGGCUGGACUCUUUCGCAAUCACGUGGCCAUCGUGACGGGCGGAGGCACGGGCAUCGGCAAAGCUAUCGCUGCUGAUCUGCUGCAUCUCGGUAGUAAUGUAGUGAUUGCCUCUCGUAAGUUUGACAGAUUAAAAGCUGCAGCGAAAGAGUUAGCUGCUGAAAUUCCCUCCACCAGUUCUGCCCAGGUGACUCCUAUACAAUGCAACAUUCGCAAAGAAGAAGAGGUAGAGGCACUGGUGAAAGCAACAUUAGAUCUUCAUGGUAGGAUAGAUUUUUUUGUCAACAAUGGAGGAGGGCAAUUUCCUAGCCCAUCUGAAUUAAUAAGCGCAAAAGGCUGGCAUGCUGUUAUUGAAACCAACUUGACUGGAACUUUCUAUUGCUGUAAAGCAGUAUACAAUGCUUGGAUGCGGGAUCAUGGAGGUUCCAUUGUCAAUAUUGUGGCUAAUAUGUGGAAUGGGUUCCCUUUCAUGUCGCACAGUGGAGCAGCAAGAGCUGGUGUUGAUAAUCUGACCAAAAGUUUAGCCAUUGAGUGGGCAUGCAAAGGAGUGAGGAUUAACUCAGUUGCCCCAGGAUCUAUAUUUUCAGAAACUGCUGUUGCACAUUACGAAGAUGGUGAAAAUUUGUUUAAAGAGAAUAUUAAGACAAUUCCUGCAAAGAGAUUAGGACUUCCUGAAGAGGUAUCAGCUUUAGUGUGUUUUCUGCUUUCUCCAGCUGCCUCCUUUAUAACUGGAGAAACUGUGAAGAUUGAUGGCGGACAAAGCCUAUGCUGUUACUGGCACGUUCCAGAUCAUGACAGAUGGCCCCCGGCACCAGAUGGACAUAAUUCCAAAGCACUCAGAAACAUGCUUUCAGGAAAAACUAAAUCAAAACUGUAAUUCAAAGAAAUGGGAUUUGUUCCCAAUUCAUUUGAAAAAAGCUAUUUUUCAGUCAUUAAUUGCAAUUUUAAAAAUCUGUGCCUUAGAAGAAACUUCUUAAUGAAAUGUUAAUGAAUUUUUAGAACAUUCACUAGGUACAAUAAUAUGGAACCAUAUAAUAUUAAGUUCAUUGCCUGGUAAACAUUGAAACUGAAAAUCUUGUAACUAUUCUCUAAACUUUUGGAACCUAUUAGUGCAUUGCCUCUGUGAUCCAUGAAUAUUCUGUCAAGAAAGUGAAAUGGCUGUUUGUUAAAGCAUGGUAAAUGAAAUUCCUGU